UAAAAGUUACAUAAAAUGGAUAUUGCUAAAUCAUUAUUUAAUGUUCGUGACCAUGAAGGUUAUGUUGGAAAAGAAGAGUAUAAUAAAAAAUUGGAAACUGCUGCCUCUGAAGAUGAAUUUGAAGUAGAAGUUACAGGAUUAUGUGGAGAAAUUUUAUCUCCUGCACCAGGAGGUCCAUUUUCUGCUUUGACACCAUCUAUGUGGCCACAAGAUAUUCUAGCUAAAUUAAAUCAACCUGAUGAUCCUAAUUCACAACCUGAAUAUAGGUUUGAUGAAUUUGGUUUUCGUGUAGAAGAAGAAGAUGGCCCAGAACAGAGUUCAAAAAAAUUAUUAGGUAUCCCAUUUGUUGAAGAUCCUCAGCAUAGAUUACAAUGGGUUGCUCUGUUAGAAUUUAGUCAUAAUAAAGAAGUAGCAGAACUUUCUUGGCAAAAUAUAGACAGAAGACUGCCCCGCACAGAUAAAUUAAGGGAUAUGGUUCAUCAUGGUGUACCGCAUUCCCUUAGACCACAAAUUUGGAUGAGAAUGUCAGGAGCACUUCAAAAAAAAUGUUCUUCUGAAAUAAUGUACAAAGAUAUAGUAAAAGCAUCAAGUAAUGAUGCAUUAAUGACAAACAAACAAAUUGAAAAGGACUUACUUCGUAUUAUGCCUGCAAAUGCAUGUUUUAGCCAUCUUCAUAGUACAGGAAUACCACGUUUAAGACGAGUUAUGCGCGCCCUCGCAUGGUUAUAUCCUGAUAUUGGGUACUGCCAAGGCACAGGGACAAUAGCAGCAUCUCUUUUAUUACUAUUAGAAGAAGAAGAUGCUUUUUGGAUGAUGGCUACAAUAGUAGAAGAUUUAUUGCCAGCAUCUUAUUAUUCUUCAACAUUAUUAGGUGUUCAAGCUGAUCAGAAAGUACUUCGUACAUUAGUGUCUAAUUUUCUUCCUGAAAUAGACCAUGUUUUGCUACAACAUGAUAUAGAAUUAAGUUUAAUAUGUUUACAUUGGUUCCUUACCUUAUUUGCAUCUGUUGUACAUAUGAAAAUAUUACUGCGCAUUUGGGAUAUGUUUCUCUUUGAUGGAUCUAUAGUUUUGUUUCAAGUUACACUUGGAAUGUUAAAAAUUAAAGAACUUGAAUUAACGCAACUGGGAAAUUCUGCACAAAUAUUUAAUGCCCUCUCGGACAUACCAGGAGAUAUCGAUGAUGUAGAUCAGUUGUUUAAUACAUCUUUAGAAGUCAGUGGAUCAUUAACAGACGUUUUGGUUGAAACUCACAGACGUAGGCAUUUAGCCUAUUUAAUGGCCGAUCAAGGUGGUUUAGUAGGUAAUCCUGAUGCUGUACCAAAUUUACCAAAACAACACCUUAACAGGCGCCAAAUGAAAAAAAAUAAAUCAAUGUUACAAACGUUUUUGUUUGGAAAUUAUGACACUGAAGAUGAUGCAAAGUCAAAAAAUAUUCGUCAAACAGAAAUAUUGGUGGAUUUGAGAGAAGCAGUUUUACAAGUUGCUAGACAUUUUACAAAUGUCGACCAAAAAAUAAAUAACAUUGCACUUAUAGCAGAUUAUAGUAUGGAAAGUCAUGCAAAAGAUCAUGAUAAUUAUGUUAAUGUAUCACGUACUAGAAAAAGAAGAGCUAAAGCGUUGUUAGAUUUUGAAAGACAUGAUGAUGAUGAAUUAGGUUUCCGAAAGAAUGAUAUAAUCACGAUUAUAAGUCAGAGAGACGAACAUUGCUGGGUAGGUGAACUCAAUGGAUUGAGAGGAUGGUUCCCAGCAAAGUUUGUAGAAUUAUUAGAUGAAAGAAGCAAACAAUAUACAUGCGCUGGAGAUGAUGCUGUUAGUGAAGCUGUUACUGAUUUAGUCAGAGGAACUUUAUGUCCUGCUAUAAAAGCAGUAUUAGAAAAUGGAAUGCGUAGACCAUCGUUUUUAGGUGGUCCAUGCCAUCCAUGGCUCUUUAUUGAGGAAGCCUCAAACAGAGAAGUGGAAAAAGAUUUUAAUUCUGUUUACAGCAGAUUAGUACUUUGUAAAACAUACAGGUUAGAUGAAGAUGGUAAAGUUCUUACACCAGAAGAGUUAUUAUAUCGAUGCGUUCAAUCGGUAAAUUUAACGCAUGAUAAUGCACAUGCACAAAUGGACGUAAAAUUACGAUCCCUCAUUUGUUUAGGAUUAAAUGAACAAGUGUUACAUUUAUGGCUUGAAGUUUUAUGUUCUUGUGUAGAAGUUGUACAAAAAUGGUAUCAACCAUGGAGCUUUAUAAACAGUCCUGGCUGGGUACAAAUUAAAUGUGAAUUAAGAAUAUUAAGUCAAUUUGCAUUUAAUUUAAAUCCGGAUUGGGAAUUGCCACCCAAAAAGGAACAGUCGCAACCUUUAAAAGAUGGUGUUCGCGAUAUGUUAGUAAAACAUCAUUUAUUUAGUUGGGAUCUUUAGCGCAUGAUACCAAAAAAAGUAAUAAUUUUUAUAUCAAACUUAUUACGUAUGUUAUAUGCAACGGUAACGGAAGGUAAUUGCGUAGUACAAAUCAAUUGCUUUUAUAUGUUCUAAAAUAUCUACUGUGUGCGUGUGUGAGUGUAUGUAUGUCAUAAGUAUACAAUAAUGUAAUGUCCACUUCUA